AAUAUUAGCUAGGAUGGCUUACAGGAGGAGGCAAGGGAUGGGCAGAUCAUCCACCUUUAAGGAGGAAAUAUACCCGCCACUGGAAGAGGGGGGCACUGCGGCAUCAUCAUCUCUCGCGGCACAGGCUAUAAUGGCAUCCGCCGCCCAUCGUGACUCCUCCCAUUCCGACCACUCUAUUAAUAAUAAUAAGGGAGGUCCUACCUAUGACUACACAUCGAUGGGAAGUUCAAAUGAAGCAGGCAACUUUUGGGGAGUUCUCGCCAGAAAAGCUAAAGCCAUUCUCGAGGAUGAUAACAUUCCUUAUCAGUCCGAAUAUGUUAGCCAAACAAGACCAGAAAUGCUCUAUUCCUCCAGGAUUGACCAGGUCGAAAUAUCCAAAAAGACGGAGAAUCCCACUCUGCGUAAGGGGCUGGACGCACUAACAUCUUCCAUGAACCGCAUUGGAAAUGCUUUGGAGGAAGGGCGCACAAUUGUUGAAAAUAAGACAGCUGAUUUUAUACAAGAAACAAGGAAAAUGCAGAUAAGGAGAAAAGGGGUGAAUGAGGGAAUGCCAUCUGGUCCAUUAAUGCAGCAGUCACAGAAUCAUACCAGUCAAGAAGAUCAGCUCAAAGCAUCUCGCGACGUGGCUAUGGCAACUGCUGCAAAAGCAAAACUACUUCUUCGAGAGCUGAAAACAGUUAAAGCAGAUCUAGCUUUUGCAAAAGAGCGGUGUUCUCAGUUAGAAGAAGAGAAUAAAAUACUCAGAGAGGCUCGUGAAAAGGGAGUGAAUCCUGCAGAUGAUGACAUGAUACGGCUUCAACUGGAGACACUACUGGCGGAGAAGGCACGUUUGGCACAUGAAAACUCGGUAUAUGCACGUGAGAACAGGUUUUUAAGGGAGAUAGUAGAAUAUCACCAACUGACAAUGCAGGAUGUAGUAUACUUGGACGAAGGGAUUGAAGAGGUUACAGAGGUUUAUCCAAUAUCAAUGUCAAGGACACACUCAGUUUCACCACGUUCAUCUAUCUCUAUCUCAAUGUCAAUCUCUUCUCCACCAUCUCCCUCUGAUCUUCAUCACAUUUCUUUGUCCAGAACCUCUUCUCGUGAAGUACUGCUUCGAGGAGACAUUUCUAACAAGGAUGAUUCUCGAUCCAAUACCACUCCACUCGAUUAAUUCAUUAUUAUUAUUAUUGUGAUCCAUUCAUCAUUUUUCUUGUUUCCCUUUUUCUUUUAAUUACAACAAAAUUAUAUUUUUAUUAUUUCCUAACUAGAGCUAGUUCAGACUCUGUCUCAUUUGUUAAACUCUGUAAAUUUCAUAUUAAACUAGAUUCUGAAAGCUUUGCAACUAGUUCUUCUUGAG